AUGUCAUCUAGAAAGCGGAAGUUUAAGCCGGUGUACAAUCCGAGCGCCAGCGAGCAGUUCCCAGAUAUUCCUUGGUACAAAGUGAACUACCAAGUCAUCACCGAUCUGGUGAAUGAGAUGCUCGAUGAAAUAAUCAUAAGGCUCGAGAAAUAUGCCCCAGGCGAUUCCGGUAUCAACGCCCUUCUAGAGGCGGCCGAGGAGGCCAAAAGGCUGCCAGAUUUGGAGAAGUGUCGCAUGGCAGUGCUGGGAGACCAAGCCGCUGGUAAGAGCACGUUACUCACUGUGCUGAUGGGCGGACGCAGGCUCUUGGACAGUUCAGGCGACACGAAAUCUUGUACCGCAGUCCCGACAGCCAUGGUCCAUAAGAAAGGAGCAGCCGACAACACCCGAGAGAGCGACAUGACCAUCGAAUGGAUGACUUUGGAGGAAAUCUUGGCGCACAUUCAAGAACAAAUCCGUCGCUGGACAGACCUGCACCCUGGCUUCGACCAUAACCUGGAUGACAAUCCCGGUGACGGAGAAGAUAUCCAGGAAAGCUCUGACGACGAAGAUGAGCUUGACCCAUCAACAGCUGACGAAGAGGAGCCAACCAGGUCAAAAUCACAGGGUCGAAAAGCACUCAAGCUAGAUGAUGCUGCGUCGACUGCACAAGAAUUCUUCGAGGUCAUCUUCAACACAGAACGAGACAGACGCGCGAAACAGAGGCUAGAAGAGCGACUCUACAGAUCAGACAUACGCCUCGGCGAUUUUGAGACCCUCUGUGUCGAAGCGGUGCAAAUUCGCUUCCGUGAACUAGACGCAGAUCUUCGAGUUCGAGACAAUCUUUCACAAUUUUCAGCAGUUCAAGACCGAGAUCUCAGAGAGAAAAGAAACCUUGUGAAGAGACUUUGGCCCUUCGUGAAGCUCGUCACCAUUGCGACUGGUCACAUCCUUCUUCGUUAUGGCAUGUGCUUCUACGACCUUCCAGGUUUCGGAGACACUAAUCAGUUGCGCGCGGCGCACAUCAACCGAUACCGUUGGAAAGCCGACCUAGAGCUGAUUGUGGCGGUGUCUUCGCGCAUUCGGACCAAUAAAGCUUUGAACAAGGAAAUUGCCAAGUCCGUCCACAUGAAGAAAGGUGGUGGCACAACGAUUCUGGUCAUGAACAAAAUAGACUGCGAAAGCGAGGACAUUGACGAUGAAUCAGGGUCCGAAAUCCCUGACGAGCUACUCAGAGAGAUUUUUGUUGCUUACGUACAACGCGAGAAACGACUAGUAGAGGAACAAUUGCAAGGCAAAGACAUUGCUUUCUUUGCGGCAUCUGCUGAAUCAGCUUUGGAGUGGAAGAACCGGUCGCGCAAACAAGAUCCCUACCUCGAUCCCGAAGGCACUGGUAUACCCGCCAUAGUACGCCACUUUCUGCGUGCACCAGCCGAUACGAAUUUACGGAAUUAUCACAACCAUGUCACCAAAGUCCUCCCUGCAUGGCGCGCUAGGGCUUUGCGAGUGCUCACAAAACAUACUGAAGAUGAGCAUUAUGCCAAAAUGCGCGAAGAUUUAUCAGCAAAGAUUCCGUGCCUAGCGAUCCGACUUCGAGAGCUUGUUCCGAGUCUCUUAGAGCAGACCAUAUCUGCCCCAUGGUCCUGCGAAGAUGAGCCAAAAAUAGUCGACAAGAUCAAGGAGUUGUUUGACAAACUUUGGAGAGACCCAAAAAUAAUGUACACUGGAUGGAGAAAGAUGCUGCGAGAGAAUGGCAUUCCAGUCGCUGGUGUCUACGUCGACCGCAAUCUCAACGAGGAUGUGCUUUCGACAAUCGAGGCGAUCAUCAAUGACUGGGCUAAUAAGAUGACGGAAGCAACGGACGGCCUUGCUGGAAGUCUCUUGCAGUUGGUCAAAGAACUGGUCUCGGCUACUUUUAGGGACAUCAACAUUUGCAAUUCGACUCCAGAGCUCAAAGACGCAGCUGCAGAUGCACUUGAGGAAGCAGAGGGUGAGAUUGAAGCGUCAUACGACACGCUACUCAACAAACUCAACAGCAGUCUUGACGAGAACCACCUACACUUCACAACUGAGAUGGACAUAGAAUGUCCCAUUGCAAAGGCCAUGAAACCAAGUUACGAGCGCGCGUUGGAUGAGCGAUUUGUCCAAGGCGGAAGAGGCAUUUACAAGCGCCAGAAAAAGGUGCUAAAGGACUCUAUGCUCAAGCCCAAGAAGCACUAUGUACGACUUGAGGAAGACGAGCAAAAGAUCGAGCCCUUGAUUGACGCCUUGAAAGAGAAGCUCAUGAGCCGACAGCGCGAGCUCUGGACCCAGAACUGCACGGCAUUUAUCGACAGUGUCAUUGAACAGCUCGAAGAAUUCUGCCAGACUGCUAAAGACCUCCUCACUGAUGCCGACUUCAUGAGCAAAGAGCACCAGGAAGCUCGAGCUGAACUGAAGGAGCUGCUAGAACAAUUCGACGACAGUCUCGAUGAGGUCCAGGAAGAGUUCGCAAAUCUCGGGCUCGAAGCACCUGUGAAGAAGAUCAAACUCGAGCCGACUGAAGACUCUGGCGUAGAGCCCACGUUUGCGGAGCCCAGCCACUUCGAUCCUACGGAGCCUGCGCCUGAAGACGUGCCUUCGGUCCCGAUUGUGCAGAAUCUUGGAUGGCAUCAUUUCUUGGCCAAUCAGUAUCCGCUGAAAUCUCAAUGA